AUUAAAGCAGCUCAACUAAACCUUCAGCAAAAGUCAAUAGCGCCAAACCCAUGAAGUAGACAAAUUCAAUAUUUUAAAUUUAAGAUGAAAAAGAUGGCUGCUUCCAUAAUCGUCAUUUUUUCUCUUCUCAGCACUAGUAAUGUCGACCCAGUCAAAUACAUACCUUCCUUCUCUCUCUUCUUAUUCUUCUUGUUCUUAUCCUCCCUGAAACAACAAGCUCACCAAACCCAGACCCAUCUUCCUCCAUCUCCUCAAGGUCCAGGAUUUGGGUAAUUCAGAUAUUUAGAGAUUUGGGGUGUAAGAUUUGUUGGAGACUUGUAGCCAAUUCUGGGUUAUUGAGAUGUUUUGUUCAAGGACUUGGUUGUUUGGAGCUGCCCUUUUUGUGUGGCUGUGUUGCUCUUGUAUGCUUAAUGGAGCAGAUGGCCAGAAUAUUACAGACCCAACAGAAGUUACAGCAUUGGGUGCCAUUAGGAGCAGUUUGAUUGAUCCAAAUGGGAAUCUCAGUGACUGGAAUCGUGGAGAUCCAUGUACGUCGAAUUGGACAGGGGUUUUGUGCUACAACACUACUAUGCGGGAUGGCUAUCUACACGUCAGAGAAUUGCAACUACUGACUAUGAAUCUAUCAGGAAGUUUAUCUCCCGAGCUUGGCCGCUUGUCUCAUAUGCAGAUAUUGGAUGUUAUGUGGAAUCAGAUAAGUGGGAGUAUACCGAAGGAGGUUGGCAAUAUUACAUCUUUAGAACUCUUGCUCUUGAAUGGAAAUCAACUCACCGGUCCCUUGCCUGACGAGAUUGGUAAUCUUCCUAAGUUAGACAGAAUUCAGAUUGACCAGAACCAAAUAUCUGGACCAAUACCUAAAUCAUUUGCGAAAUUGAACAAAACAAAGCACUUCCACAUGAACAAUAAUUCACUUAGUGGGCAAAUCCCUCCUGAACUGUCUGCGCUGCCAAAUCUUGUUCACAUGUUACUUGACAAUAAUAAUUUAUCAGGGUAUCUUCCGCCAGAGCUCGCCAAUCUGCCUAGUCUACUGAUACUUCAACUGGACAACAACCACUUUGAUGGGGCUACAAUACCAGACUCUUAUGGCAGCAUGUCUCGAUUGUUGAAGCUGAGUCUUAGGAACUGUAGCUUGCAAGGACCAAUCCCUGACCUGAGCAGGAUACCGCACCUCGCUUAUAUCGACCUCAGUUUGAACCAGCUUAAUGGAUCCAUACCACCAUAUAAGCUUUCCGAGAAUAUGACAACUAUUGAUUUAUCAGGCAACAAUCUUACUGGACCUAUUCCGGCCAACUUUUCGGGCCUUCCUCUACUUCAGACAUUGUCACUUUUGAACAAUUCACUUAGUGGUUCUGUUCCAGCCAGUAUCUGGCAAAAUUGGACUUCCAAUGGAAAUAAAAGUCUCAUCGUGGAUUUGCAGAACAAUAUGCUUUCAAAUAUUUCUGGCAGUGUUAGCGUCCCUGCAAAUGUCACUGUUAGGCUUCAAGGAAAUCCAAUAUGCUCGAAUACCAACCUGGUCCAGUUCUGUGGACCUCUUCAGAAUGAAACCGUCAGUCAUACCCCAAGCGCAACAAACUCUAGUGAUAAUUGUCCGGUGCAAUCAUGCCCUUAUGAAUAUUCCCCAAACUCUCCUGUACCAUGCUUCUGUGCUGCGCCUCUGAUCGUUGGAUAUCGGUUGAAAAGUCCUGGAUUCAGAGAUUUUGUGCCAUACUGGGUUCCAUUUGAGGUGUACCUCACAACAGGUCUUGAGUUGAACGUUUUUCAGCUUGAGAUUGUUUCUGUUUUUUGGGAAGAAGGCCCUCGACUGAGAAUGGACUUGAAGAUUUUUCCUGUAUACGUUAACACCACCUCUUCUUAUGUCUUCAAUAGGACCGAGGUUCAACGAAUCCGGAGCAUGUUCACAGGAUGGCAUAUUCCUGAUAGUGAUAUUUUUGGACCUUAUGAACUUAUUGAUUUCCCUCUGUGGGGCCCUUAUAAAGACGUGAUCCCUUCUUCCACUUCAAAAUCUGGAAUUAGCAAGGGGGCACUAGCUGGCAUUGUAGUAGGAACAGUUGCAGGUGCACUUAUAUUAUCUGCUGUUGUGUCACUUCUCAUAUGGAGAUUGCAUAUGAAUAAAUACACCGCAGUUUCAAAAAGACGUCGAUUAUCUAAGAUCACUAUCAAAAUUGAUGGUGUGAAAGAUUUUUCUUAUCAAGAGAUGGCACUGGCGACUAACAAUUUUGAUGCCUCCAGUCAAGUUGGACAAGGUGGGUAUGGGAAGGUCUACAAAGGUAUUCUAGCUGACGGCACAGUUGUGGCCAUAAAACGUGCACUAGAAGGGUCAUUGCAGGGUGAGAAGGAGUUUCUCACUGAAAUAGAACUAUUGUCAAGGUUACAUCAUCGUAACCUGGUCUCUUUGCUUGGAUACUGUGAUGAGGAAGGCGAACAGAUGUUGGUUUACGAGUUCAUGUCCAACGGCACACUGAGGGAUCACUUAUCUGGUGCGGCUAAAGAGCCUCCGGGUUUUGCUAUGAGAUUGAGAAUUGCACUAGGUUCAUCUAAGGGCAUCCUUUAUCUGCAUACGGAAGCUGAUCCUCCGAUAUUCCAUCGAGAUGUCAAGGCCAGCAACAUAUUGUUGGAUUCUAAAUUUACUGCAAAAGUUGCUGAUUUUGGACUUUCCCGACUUGCCCCGGUUCCUGAUAUUGAGGGAAUGACACCUGGUCAUGUAUCGACUGUUGUUAAGGGGACACCAGGAUACCUUGAUCCAGAGUACUUCCUCACUCAUAAACUGACCGACAAAAGUGAUGUUUAUAGUCUUGGUGUUGUAUUUCUAGAGCUCUUGACAGGAAUGCAUCCAAUCUCACAUGGCAAAAACAUUGUUCGAGAGGUAAACGUGGCAUAUCGAUCUGGAAUGAUCUUCUCAGUCAUUGACGAAAAAAUGGGAUCUUAUCCUUCUGAUUGUGUGGAGAGGUUUGUGAACUUAGCUCUCAAAUGUUGUCAAGACGAAACAGAUAACCGGCCUUCAAUGUCAGAGGUGGUUAGAGAACUCGAAAGCAUAUGGCUUAUGAUGCCAGAGUCAGACACCAAAACAUCAGAAUCUUUGAUUGCCAACCCUGGGAAGGAUGUGACUCCACCAUCUUCAUCGUCUGAUUUGAAGAAUCAUGCUCCUUAUGUAUCAGGAGACAUCUCUGGCAGUGACCUUAUUAGUGGAGUCGUUCCCACCAUUACGCCUAGAUAAGAAAUGCUAUAGUUCUUGUUGCCCUUGGGAUGGAUACGCGAUGGAUACUGGUUUCGAUGAUGCUUCUUCUAUUGGGGGAGAAAUUGUGAGUGAAGGAGGAAUUAGGAGGGGUUUUGACUUGUGUAUAGUACACAUUAUUGUUUUCCAUUUGAUUUUGUAAAAAGUGUAAUAGGUUGGUCAUUUCAUGUUUGUUGGUAAUAGUUUUGUUUAAAAUCGAUUGAAUUCCUUGAAUAUUUUGCAAUGUAGCUCUUCAUUUCUACUGAUUACUGUACGUUUAGGAUAUUAUUCUAAAAGGUUUGAUGCCAAAAUUUUCCAAUUCUUAUUAUUUUUUCGAGA